AUGUCGUCCCCUGACUCUCUUCCAGAAGGAUUUACUGAGUUCGAAAUGAUGAGCUUUGGCACAGUGAUGCUGACGGAAGCUUUGUUUGGAUUCUCUCUGAAUGUGUUGACCAUUGUUGCUUUCUGGAAGAUCAAGGAGAUUCAAACCCCUGGCAACUUUCUGAUACUCAACCUCGCCUUGUCUGAUUGUGGCAUUUGCAUCAACGCGUUCAUCGCUGCUUUCUCCAGCUUCUUAAGGUAUUGGCCCUAUGGAUCUGACGGCUGCCAAAUUCAUGGCUUUCAAGGAUUUUUAACGGCCCUAACAAGCAUUAAUUGUGCAGCUGCAAUUGCAUGGGACCGGUAUCAUCAAUAUUGCUCCAGGCGAAAAUUACAGUGGAAUUCGGUGUUCUUCAUGGGGCUGUUUGCUUGGUGUUCUGCUGGCUUUUGGUCUGCCAUGCCCCUCUUGGGAUGGGGGGCCUAUGACUAUGAGCCUCUGAGGACCUGUUGCACUUUGGACUACACCAAGGGAGACAGAAAUUACAUCACGUUUCUUAUUCCUCUGGUGCUGUUCAAUUUUGUGAUCCCGAUUUUCAUCGUAUUAAUGUCCUAUCAAUCCAUUGACGACAAAUUCAGGAAAAUAGGACAGCUAAAGUUUAAUACUGGUUUGCCAGUGAAAUCUUUGGUCCUUUGCUGGGGUCCGUACUCACUUUUGAGUAUCUACGCUGCAGUUGAAAACGUGGCACUCGUCUCGCCCAAAAUCUUAAUGAUUCCCGCUCUAAUCGCCAAGGCUUCACCGACCCUGAAUGCCUUCCUUUACGCCUUGGGGAAUGAGAACUACCAAGGAGGAUUGUGGCAGCUUCUCACAGGAGAAAAAAGGGAGAAACCCAAAACUGAUGACAAAAUUAAUUAA